GCGCAGAGAGUCUGGAACUUGUUCACACGCAACCGGCAGCGGAGCAAAACAUCCUAAAAAAUUAUACAAAAAAUUAAUACGCGGCUUUAUUAACAGCACUAACCCCGUGUGCGGUGACCGGAAUGGGAAUACAGGAGCCGGCAAUGACAAGUUGUUUGAUCCGGCUGGUCGUAUGAGCACCGCAAGGCUCCAAGAAGAAACUCAUGGCAGAUGUCAGGGGAUGACGUGGGCUGUUCUCCACAACUCAUCAUGGAUAUCAACUGUGGGCCAUUCCCCAAUCCCAAAACCUCCUGUCUGACUGGUUCCUGCUCCAUAACGCCUCCCUGUGUCUGAGCUGUGACACCUGGGACUUACAGGCAAUUGACACCAUGACGCAGAUGGACUACAAGUACAGCCUGCUGGGCUCUGCAGCGGACGACUACCGCAAGAGACCUCUGCUCCUGCAGGUGGACGACACGCCACUGAACGUGUUCGCAGUCCUGGAGGUGAAACGGGAGCUACCGAGGCGCUGGAGCACUCUGGGCUGCUUCCGCAAGAUCCGGAUCUACAGCUUCCUGUUCGGCCUGGCCGUCAUGUUCCUCAUCAUGGCUUCAUACAUUCUGACAGGAGACAAGAAGGGCCUCCUCCUCACCCCUUCGCCCUACCACUUCAACAGUCUGGUCAGCCCAGGACCUUUUACCUUCAAUCUCUCCUCAGUCAAGGACUAUGCACAUAUCAAAUUGGUGGUCAAGUCUAUCGCAUCUAAGGUGGAGUUUCGCAGCAGUCGACAGCUCCCAGAGUUCAAGGCAUUGGUUAACAGUGAACCACAUAUGUUUUCUGUUGUCCCCCGCAAAUUCCUGUCUGGUGUCAAGAACCCCUGCUGGUAUGAGGAAUACACUGGGAAUAUCACUUCGGACCCAUACAGGACAAACUUGUAUGCACGCUACUCAAGGCGCUUUCGCAUAGUGUUUCAGCACUUGAGGAACACUUUCAGAAAACAUUUGUUUCACCGCAACGGGAAAAUCUACCGCGUGCGGUGCCUUCCUUAUUUCUAUAUCAUUGGUCAACCAAAGUGUGGCACGACGGACCUGUACGACAGACUGAGGCUGCACCCUGACAUCAAGUUCACCACUUUCAAAGAGCCACACUGGUGGACCCGCAAGAGGUUUGGUAUCAUCCGUCUGAGCGAGGGCUUUCAUGAUCGAUACCCAGUGGAAGACUACCUGGACCUGUUCGAUCAGGCUGCUUACCAGAUCCAGGGAAACCUCACAGCAAAUGCCAGUGGAACCCCCAGCCAUCCUAACAUCAUCAUAGGAGAAGCCAGCGCGUCCACCAUGUGGGAUAACAACGCCUGGGUGUAUUUCUACGACAACACCACAGAGGGAGAGCCCCCCUUCCUUAUCCAGGACUUCGUUCACGCCCUGCAGCCUGAUGCCCGCUUCAUUGUCAUGCUCAGGGACCCGGUUGAAAGGCUCUACUCUGACUACCUUUACUUUGGUAUUGCCAAUAAGUCCGCAGAGGAUUUCCACGAGAAGGUGUCAGAGUCGCUGCAGUUAUUCGAGGGGUGCCUUACGGAGUACACAAUGCGCUCCUGUGUGUACAACACUACUGUCAACAACGCCAUGCCAGUCAGACUGCAAGUUGGCGUGUACAUUGUGUACUUAAUGGACUGGUUGACCGUCUUCAGCAGGGAACAGAUUCUGGUCCUGAGGCUGGAAGACCAUGCCUCUAACAGGAAAUACACAAUGCACAAAGUGUUUGAUUUCCUCAACCUGGGGCCGCUGACAAAAGAACUAGAGUCACAGAUCACAAGAAGUCCAGCGUCAAACACCAGGAGGCCGGCGGACAAAAACCUGGGUCCCAUGCUGCCCAUCACUAAAGAGAUCCUGCGGGAUUUCUACAUGCCAUUCAAUGAAAAACUGGCCAAAGUGCUGCAGAAUGACUCCUUCCUCUGGGAGAACAACUCUAAACUCUGAACAACACACCUCCCCUUAACUUCAGUAACAAAAACAAAAAACAAACAAACAAAAAGAAAAAAAAUAAACCACUGAUGUGUCAGCCAGCAAGUUUCAUCUCUCUCAAGUGCCCAUAAGAAUCAAUGUUUUUUUUAUUUAAAUUAUUUUAAGUUAUAAAAGCAGAGAUGAAUCAAAGAUAGAAAAAUAGCACAAGCGAACAUGGUGAUAUUGUGUGUGUGUGUGUGUGUGUGUGUGUAUGUUGUAUGUGUGUAUACAAGAGAGAAAGUGAUGUUGGCAGGUUUUGAAUUUUUUCUUUUGUGACCAGAUGUACAAAAUUAAAUAGUGAAUUC